UUGGUUGUCAUACUACAUUGGAUUCUUUUAAGAAAGGAAAAAAGAUUUAAUUCCAAACCUCAAGAAUAUUUGAUUGGCUCUUCUUUUUUGUCUUUCUCUGAAAAAUGUGUUCUGGUAGCUUUGCCAAAUGCCUUGGCAUCACUCUCAUUCCUCUUGCUAUUCUUUGCACCCUUGCAAACAUUUUACUUUUUUUUCCAGGAGGGAAAACAGCAGGUAACAAUGAACACAUCACAGACGAGGUGUGGUGCUUCGGAGGAAUAAUGGGGUCUGGAGUUCUAAUGAUAUUCCCUGCCUUGGUUUUUCUGGGUCUGAAAAACAAUGACUGCUGUGGUUGCUGCGGGAAUGAGAGCUGCGGGAAACGCUUUGCGAUGUUCACCUCUAUUAUAUUCGCUGCAGUGGGACUGGUAGGAGCAGGAUACUCUUUCAUAGUGUCUGCUGUUGCCAUUAAUAAAGGUCCAAAAUGUAAGACUGAUACAGGAUAUAUGUAUCCAUUCGAUAAUGGGAAUUAUCUGUCAAACAGCACACUAUGGACUGAGUGUAAAGGGCCUGGAGAUAUUGUCACUUGGCACCUGACCCUCUUUUCUAUGCUGUUGAUAAUGGCCGGUGUCCAGGCGGUGCUGUGCGCAGUCCAGGUCAUUAACGGGCUCAUCGGCACAAUAUGUGGAGACUGUUGUGGCUGCUGUGGGGGCAAUGGACCUGUCUAACUGCACUGAAUAAAAAGAAGGCAGUGUGACACAUUUCUUGCUGUAAACAAGCCGGCAAGUCUCUUAUAAAAAUGUUACAUUUUAUUUUGCUAUUUCAGAAAUGUAAUGGGGCAUUGUUUUACACUUUGUUGGAGGAUGGUUGUCUUAUGAUAACAGAUGCACAAAACGGAUGCCAUUUUUUUCCUAUAUAUAUUUAUUUUUUGAUUAUUAAAACUUUAGCAGAUUUACGUUCAACUUUAGUCUUUUGGAGUAUUGAUCUGAAUACACUUCAAAAUACAGGUAUAUUAACGAUACAUAAUGGCAUUGCAGUUAUCCUGUCCAUUUAGUACAUAAUUCUAUGACUGUGAGCAUGAAACUCCAACAUUAACCAUGUGUGUUUAACAAAGUGGUAACUGUGUAAGUAAUGUGUAAGUUGUAGCUAUAGUGUAGUCAUUGGACCUGUAUUUUAAAGUGAUUCCAAAGAUCUUAAUCGACCAUUAACUAACUCAUAAACAUACAAACAUGCUACCUUUAAUGUUUUGUAUUUGUAUACAGCAAAAAAAGCUCAGUCAGCUAUAUAAUUAUAUAUGGCAUGUCUUUUUUUAUAUUAUUAACAUUAAUCACAAAUCAAUUACAAGAGGUUAUUAUUUCAGGGUUGUUUACAUGUUCACACAUUAUGUACUGUGUACCAUCUGUGGAAAUUGUAUUGCAUCAUCUUGUAUGACCUGAGAUUUUUUUAAAAAUAAAUAUUUAUAUCAACAA